AUGUCCAAGCUACAAUCACCAAUUUCCACUCCGCAGUUGACGUCGUCUGUUACGGGCUACGUUAGUACCAAUCUUUGGGACGAGCGAUCUGCUCGGUAUGCUUCCAACGUCCUCAGACAUGUGUGUCUCUUCCUACUGAUCCUAACAGCAUGCGAAGAAGUCACUAGUUGGGCCAUCAGCCAGUCGCUCAAGAACUUUUUACAAAAGUUGGGCUGGUCCAACACAGGAUCUACUUCCAUGAAGCUCACGUACGACUCCUUCGGUCAGUUCAUGUGUAUCGUCGCUGGUUACAUUGCUGACGAACGCCUGGGAAAGUUUAAAACACUGCUGUCAGCCGCCACACUGGACUCGUUCGGUGUCCUCUUCCUUGUGACCGCCGCUCUACCGGUGGUUUUGCAAAAUCAUCUUGUAGUGAGCAAAAUCAUCUUCAACAUCGGGUUAUUCUUUGGAGUUGCCGUCUCGCAGAUCUGUCUACGAUCGCUAGUCAUCUCAUACGGAGGCGACCAGUUCUCGCCUGCCGCUCCUCCCUCGGAGAAGGCGAUGUUCUUUAGUAUCCAGUAUUGGACUGCUAACAUCGGAUCAUUCAUCGGUUACGCGGUGUUCCCGUCCGUGUCAAUCCACGGCAUUGGUGCCAUCCCUGCCAGCUACGGAUACGUCACUGUUUACCUUGUGGCGCUCAUGUUGUUGGAGAUUUUUGUGGUGGCGCUCAUCAUGUUGGUGAUUUUUGUGGUGUUGCUCUGGUCCACACGCAAACGCUACGUCAACGUACCGCCAACGAAGCAAUCGGUCGCUCUCGUGAUCAAAAUCGUGUUCAAUCAAGCCCACAAGAGCUUCCACGCUAAAAUGGUUGUUCUCGGGACGGUUCUGUACAUUACCGCUUCCCUACUUAACAUCCUGGCGUCGAUUCUAGCGGACCAAGGUGAAGUUGGACACAACGUGUCGUAUGCUUGCGGUGUGAUGAUUGUUAGCGCAACAAUAUUGUGGAUUUAUUUCGGAAAGAGCUCGGAGUUUAUGGAGUCGGCUAAGGACAGUGCGGGUGGCCAAUUCGAUUCCGAGCUUGUGGAUGGGGUCAAACAAGUCAUCCGUAUCCUACCAUUCAACGCUUUUAACGUAUUCUGGUGGGUGUGUAUGAACCAGCGUGGUAACAACCAGUCGAUCGUACAGCAAACAGAUUCUCGUCUUGGAAGUGGCCCAUUCUCGUCUCAAAUGCCCGGCCGUACCGCUCAAAUGUUCAACCCCAUUGGUGUCUUGUUCUUCGUUCCUCUCACGGAGAAGAUUGUGUACCCGCUGUACGAAAAGUACGCAGGAAGGCCUGCUAGUCGGUACGGUAAAAUUCUAGCUGGGUAUUGCAUAGCUGUUGUGCUAUGUGCUGGACGGGUUGCUACGAGAUUAUACGUCGCGGCACUUCUUCGCUCACUUAUGCUGACUCAAAUGGCGUUACGCAGUUCAUGA